AGUUACAUUAAAUAACAAUUAAAGAGCUUGAUUCGUGGUAAAUUCCCGGAUGGACUACAGGGUACUGUCCCUUUAAGAGUGCUCUCCGUUUCCGCGUACAUGCGCAGUAGCAGUAGGCACGAUCUCUCACAUCCGGGUACUUUGCACUACAUGGCCGCAGUAGGAGAGAAACACGGUGAUCCGGGAAGUGAACCCCACUGUCCUAACUGGACUCUGCUCUAAGGGUCUGUAAACAGUCCAGGAAAGUUAAACCUGUUCACCAGUUCCAGGUUUUCUCUUGGAUGGCACAUUUGGAAGAAUGGGAAUUACGCUGCAGUCGAUUAUCUGAGUAACUUUAAGCAAACAUCUGGAGUUUGACGGCCACAAAUAACAUGAACUGUUACCCCGUUGCAAAGAAAGCAUCUGGCUUGACGAGGGACACCUUUCUAGCAUUUGAUAUGUACAUCAUUACACUGUGGUGAGGGAGGAGGGAACAAACAGUAGGUAUGUCUGAGACAACGACCUUGAUGAGGCACAGAUACCGGCCUGUGUCGGAAUUUGAUGAAGUCACUUUGGCCUCUAAACGGGAAUACUGGAGGACUAAGAAAAGGGAGCAGAGAGCAAGGUUGUCCAAUGCCAAGAAGGAGGUUAAAGCUCCAAACACAGAAAACUGUAAACCUGUGUGUACAGAUGGACAUGUUCCACAAAAGUCUCAUUGUGAAUUUAGUCCUAUUUUACUUAAUAGUGACAAUUCAUACCAAACAAGUGUUGCACAAAAUCAGACUAAGGGUGCGGUGAUUUGUAAAAAGGAUAUGAAAAGCUUGACCACUGAAGAAUCAAACGUGGAUCCUUCCGUGGUCAAAUCUAAUGGGGCACCACUCACCAAGGGCUUACCAGUGCCUGCAGCAUGCAAAAAAGUACACCCAAACAGAAUAACACCUCGACAGACACUGAACAGAUAUUCAGCCUUAAAUGGUAACCUCUCAAGCAUUUCUCAGAAAAGUGCUGUAUCCCAGCUAGCAACAAAGUGCAGUAAACAAGCCCCUCAAAUUAAAUGCUCUGUAAGACCCAAGUCCUUGGCAUUCGUGGAAUGUAAGUUUGAUAAAGACCAGCGCAUCCUAGCAAGAAGUGGUACAAAUACAAAUAGAAAUGCCAGUGCCAACGUUCCGGUAUGCAGCAUGGGUGUGUACAAUACUGCAGAAGUACCCAUGACUGAAGAGGAGAAGGCUGCUAAACGUAGGGAGAACUGGCGUAUCAAAAAACGAGAGCAAAGGGCAAAACAUGCCGAGAAGCUGAAGAUGGACCGAGAAAAGCUGCAAUGUUUUGGAAAAGGACAACAGGAAACAGGGAAGCUUUCCUGUGCUACCCCAGCACAUUCAUUAUCCCCUGUGAACACAAUGGCUUUGAGUGGAGCCAAGCAACGUAACUCUGUGAUGUCUGUUGACUCAAGACUGAGUGCAGGAAAACCAUUACAUUAUGGAGUCAGAGUGGAAAGAGAUAAAUUAUCAUCCCAAAGACCCUAUACACCACAAUCUGUGGCUGUAAAACUAGCUGAAAGGCAAAGGGUACUAGCCAAAAACCACGCCUCUGUUUCAGUUUAUAGCACAAAUCAAUUUCAGGAUUCAAAACAAAAUCAUAUGGCCAUAUCUUCAGGGGUUUCUAUGCAGCCAUUAAGAUCUAAGCAAGCUAUUUUGCAAUCCAGAAUGCUACACCAGAAGUUCAACCGAAUUCAAAGGAGGCGAGGUUUACCACAAGGGACUGGGACAGCCGAGGAGCGACUUGCCAAGCAAAGGGAGUAUUGGCGUAUCAAAAAGCGGGAGCAAAGAGAAAAGCAUUCCUUGGCAUUGAAAGGCAAUUUGAAGGACAAGGAUGCGUUUAACUGGCGUGCAAAACGCUACCAGAUCAUAAUGGGGCAAAUGCGAAAGACACAAACAGGCCUUCAGAAAAUGCCACAACCAAACAAAAACACACUCCUCAACACCUCAAAUCCUGUUGGUAGCUUUAUCAAAGAGGAUGGCACAGUAACUGUCACCAUCUCUCAGACUACAGCUGAGAAAGGUCCACCUACCGUAAGAUGCAGUUUACCACCUGCGAAACCCUCAGAGUCAUCUGGUCCUCCUAUGUCACGGAAGUUAAUUGGGACCAGAGCCAGACCUGUUCUACAUAGCAUUCCAAAUAACACAGAUUUAACAGUAAAUCUGCGAAGAACUCGAAGGUCAACUGUUCAGAACAUUACUGCCUGCAAUCCUGUGAUGGGGUCAGAACAAGCCAGUGGUACAGAAGAUGCUACAAACUCAACAGAGGCCACCCAAACUGAAGAGCUAAUUACAGAGAAUAGGUCAGCUGUUAAAAGCGAGUUGAAGAGCCCUGAUUCCUGUUCAGUUGUUACUCCAGCUUUGAUCUCAACAACAUGUCAAACCACCAAACAAGAACCCAUUUAUCCCUCAAUAGCCAUGGUAUGUUCUCUCAAAGAACAAAAUCAGACUAUGAAUAUCAAAGAGUUAAAAUCUGUGCCUUCCUCUCCUGAGAACAGUGCUGAGGCAGAGCCUUGCACGAAUAGUGACAGCCAGUCCACCACUCUCUUGGUGGUGGCAUCUAUGAAAAAGCUCCUGGAAGAAUCUUUGAGCUCAGUGGGUGACGGUAAUAGUGCAUCUAUAGACAAAGGUGAGCUUUUGCCUUGUAAAACUGAAGAUAAUUCUGUUCUUCAGGAGGAUGAAGAAAUGGACAGAAAGCCUGACCUUACACAACCUCAGGAAUUCUCUACUGACACUUACUCUUCUGUAGUGGUCAAACAGAGUCCAUCUCCUUGUCAUUCUCCCCUGCAGGCACAUGACUUUUCUUCAGAUAGUACUGUCCUUUCAUGCCGAGACUCCUCACUUAGCCUUCCUUGUACUGCCACUUGCUUUGGUAAAGGUCCAGGAGAUGAAAGACGUGAACUGCCUGUGGCUGCAUGUGUGACCCCCUUACACAGUUGCAACUCAGUGCAUAGUGGCAAAACUUCAGGACCCCAGUGUAAUUUGCCUUCUAAGGCCCGUGGUGGUCAGCAGCUGAAUGAGAACAGUGAGCUCCAGAAAAAGAGAGAAUACUGGCGAGUAAUGAAACGGCAACAGAGAGCAAGGAAGGCCAAAGAGAUGGAGAGAGGAAAAGAUGCUCUGCAUCCUCCUCAGAGGAAAUGUGGCAGCCCUCAAGUGAUUCACCUGCCUGUGGCUCAGAAGAUGAAUCACACAAACCACAACCAUCCUGUUAUUCUACCUAGUGUCACUUCACGUCCCACCUGGCCUGUGCCAAGUCCCAAUGCAUCAUCUAACCAACAGUCAUCAAAUGAGGCAAGGCAUCUAUUGUUUGAAGGACAGAAAGGUAAGACGAAAUGUUCAGAGGUGUCUCAGGUGAACAAAUGGCAGCUACACGUUCAGGGAAAUGUUCCUACUUCAGCCACCAGACCAGGUACUGUGACCUCCAUGCCAAUGAAUCAUGUAAAGCUGUCAGAGCCUCGAAUACAGACUAUAGGGUCCUCAGUGACCAAAUUCAAAAGUAAUCAAAGCCAAUUAAAGACGACUGCAAAUCAAGAGCUAGAUCCUGAUGACGUUAUACAAAGGAAGAGGAUGCAUUGGAGAAUAAAGAAGCAGGAGCAGCGAGCUCGGAAGGCGGCGCGGGAGAAAGGGCUCAGUCACCAGACGUCGCUCAGCCAAUUGAGAAACAGCUGGUCAAACAACGUUACACAUGUAGUUCAAAGCAUACCACAAGUUACUCCGGACUAUAUACCUGAAGAGUGUCAGACAACAUCAGUUAAAGAUGAAGCAGAAGUAUGUUAUCUUCCUGAUGAUGACUGUUCAGAUGAACCCUUGUCAGAAAACAAGUGGAGAAACAUCUACCUCAUGGAUUACGAUCCAGUAAACCAGCUGCUGGUGUGCAUGGUGUGUGGGGAACAGCAGUACAACUUUAAUGUAGAGGAAGUGAAAGCUCAUAUAGAGGAAACCCACCCUGACAGUCUGUCGUUGGAAGAGGCAGAGCGACAACACAUCCUCCAGGCCUGGGAUGAACAAGUGGCAAUGAGAGAGCGCUUCUUCACCAACCAGCUGUGGCAGAACAGCAGUGUCCUCAAAGAACAGAGCUUGGGGCACACGGCUGAGGUCGAAGUGAUUCUGGGCCAAGAUGAUAAAGCAGAUCAAUCGAAAGAAGUCGGUCAGAAAAGACGGUAGUGUGAGAAAUGACAUUCUCUAUAAGAAUGUCAAAAUCUACUUGUUUCGAAUAUUCGUUAAGCAAAGGCAAAGAGGGACUUUGUGAGGAGUACUUUGGUUGAACAUGUUAAACCCCUUUUUAUGGCAAACACCCAACACAUGGUGUUUCCAUCCGGAUUGUGUUGCAGACUUUUUCUUAGAAAGGGGACAAAAUGAUACUUUCAGUAUAAAUGCCUGAAAAUGAUUUCAAUUUUAUACGUUUGUUUACAUGCAUUCAUCUACGUGCAUUCAUGUAUUCAUCUGCAUUAAACCUUCAGCAUUAACCGCCGUAGCUGUUUGCAUUCUGGAUCUUUCACAAUCUGAGGAAUCGUGUUCGAGAUACUGUAGACCUCUUCAUUGACAUUCUGAGAUGUUCCAAUUUAAUACUACAUGCUUAUAAACUCACCUUUUAUGUUACGUUAGUGACGUCACUGAAAACGUUCAUGUUAAUGAUGUUUAAGUGUGCAUUUGCUACACAUACAGCAAUUUCUUUCUGUUUUAAUAAUAAAAAAAGUCUUUUUGUUUUCUGAAAAGAAUAAAGCAAUUUUACCUUCUGA